AAUUGCAUUUCCUGAUCAGAGCAACAAACAAGCAAGGACGAUGCGACUGCUCGGGAUUGACACGGCGUCCUGGUACAUGGACUAUGAGGGCCAGAAGUUGAUGGAGGGCUUGUUCCAGUACAUUAUUCUUGGGUUCAUGACACUUGGGUUUGGUUGGGGAUACUACUGCCAGCGAUUUGAACAAACCAUCUACGUCACCCUCGGCGGCGUGGCCCUCGCGUUUCUCAUCUGCCUGCCACCCUGGCCCAUGUAUCGACGACACCCAAUCAAGUGGUUGAAGCGACACCCAAAGCAGAAAUCAGCACCAGAGACUAGUUGAAAUCGCUCGCGUAUGUGCGUACCUGUGUGCGCAUGUAUGCAUGAUUUGAUGUGCUCGUUGUAGAUUGACCAACCUCGUAUCUUCCUCGCCUGAUCCUUUUGCGGUACUUUCCUUGCGCCCCUGGCGACAAAGCCAUGUUAUAACAAUUUUUCUCUGCCAACAAAAGCUGCAAGUACGCAUCUGUCCGCCCGUCUGUCUGUCUGUGUGAACGAAUGACUGUUGCCCAGUACCCUGCCGGGUUGCUUGUUCCUUUUGCGUCGUCGUCGUCGUCGUCGUCGUCGUCGUUGUUGUUGUUGUUGUUGCUGUCGUCGUCGUCGUCGUCGUCGUC